AUGGGUGAUUCCUUUGCUUCAGGCACUAAUCCAAACAACAAUGAUCCAGUCAACCCCUCUGUUCUUCAAAACAAUACCUCUUCCACAGUUAUUGAUGUUGUUGCAACCAAAAAACAGAUUAUUAACAUCAACCCAAUUGCACAGCUUCCUAUCAAACUUGUUGGUGGUGCAACCUUCGCAACAUGGAAAGCUCAAAUUCAAAAGGUCAUGAAUGGCAUUGACUUGAUGGGUUAUCUCGAUGGAUCUAUAACACCACCUCCACACACCAUUAAGCAAGAAACUCAGGAUGUUGUCAAUCCAGAUUUAAAAUUUUGGUUUCAACAAGAUAAUCUCAUCGCCAAUGCCUUAAUGGCAUCUGUCGGUUCCACUAUUGCACCAUCUAUUGCCUCCGCUGAAACUUCAAAAGAAGCAUGGAAUUAUUUAGAACUAAGAACAAUCAUUGAUGAGUUAGUUGUUGUCGGUGUUCGCAUUUCUAAUGAAGAAUUGGUUGUGAAGAUACUGAGCGGUCUCAGACCCGAAUAUGAAGCACUGAAAUUGGCACACAAGCUCACAGAUCAUGAACUUUAUCUCAAGCAAGCUGAAAAGAAGAAACCAGUAACUCCUAUGGCUGUUCAAGUUGCACAGCGAACAGUAAACAAUAAUAAUAAUGGCAACAUGCAAUCUCAUUGUUGGUCUGUACAGCCUCAAUGGCGUCCGCAAACUACUCCUAUUGGACAACAACAAUGGCGUUCCCAAAACACUCAAAGCAAUGGAAAGUUUUCCUAG